CUUCUUGUAUUCACAGUGGAAAUUCAACAUGAAACUGGUUGACGUUAAAUUCUUGAUGAUAUUUCUGUUUGUCCAAGUUAUUAAUUCAGCACCAAUACCUGGCAACACUCACCAUCAUGUACAUCACCGGAUUCACGUACCACAAAAAAUUAGAACCAUCUACCGUACAAAGAUUAUCAAAGUACCUGAACAUCACUACCACUAUCAUGAGAAAGAAAAGCUUGUUCCGAUAGAAGUUCACAAAGAUGAUCCUGUUUAUCCGCCUUUACAUGAGGAAGAAAUUGGAAUACACAAUCAUUCUCCAUACGAUGAUGAACAUAAUAUAUUAAAAAAGCACGCCCCACAUUAUCCUAAAGAAAUAAAGAAACGAAAAAAUUCAAGCAAAAUCAAGUAA